GGAUUUGUAAAUGUAAACAAAAAUCUUAAUGCUUCGACGCGACGUCUUCCUGUUGGAGGCUGGAGCAGUGUACUCCAUUAUCCAUUGGUGUUUGUUUCUCGGCAGUUCCAUGUCAUAUAUGAAUGCAGUAACGAAGAGGAAGUCCUGGGCAUGCUGGUCGAGUUAAGAGAGAGAGUAAGCCACCAGCAGUGGCGAAGGAUUGCUAAGAGAGAGAGACGACGCAGAGUCCGCCAGCAGCUUGCUCAGGAACUUGAGGCUAGACUUCAAGAAGAGCAAGUAGCCCUUUUAGCCGACCCAACAUAUGUGGCAGAGUUAGAGAGAAUAGAAUGUCUAGAAGAAGAGGCCCAGAGGUUAGAACAGCUAGCAGCGGCACAGGCAAAGAGAGAAUGGGAGUUGAGAGAUGCUGCCCUGCAUACAAAGUUCCUGAGGGAGAAGCAGAAACGUUGCCAACAGGAAGAGGAGCGUGCCAAGCAAGAAGUAAUGACUAAAUUUUAUUGUCUUACAGUUUGGAGGGGAAAAAAAGCAGUCGUAGAAGGUCUUGGGGAGGCUGAGAAUGGGGAAGUGACCCAAAAUCCUGAACCCCCAGAGGGCUAUGGCAGAAGGGAGGUUGUGCGCCCUAAGGGAGAACCAUGUCCGUUCUUCACAAAGACUGGUUCUUGCAGAUUUGGGAUUUUCUUUUUAAGAGAUCAUGACUAUCCAGAUCAGAGUCGGACGUUGCUUUUCCCCAACAUGUAUUCACACUUCGGACUGGAACAUUUAGCAUUUGACAUUCACGAUUCAGAUGUGGCACUUGAGUACUCAGACUCAGAGAGCUACCAGCACUUCAAGGAUUUCUUUGAAGACACGCUACCAGAAUUCCAAAGAUGUGGAACUGUCUUGCAGUUCAAGGUGUGCUGCAACACCAGUCCUCACCUCAGGGGAAAUGUUUAUGUCCAGUACUCCAGCCUAGAGGCUGCCAUGAAGGCUAGGACUCUCUUCAAUGGUCGGUGGUAUGCUGGUCGACAACUUACUUGUCUUUAUAUUAAUCUCGAGAGAUGGAAACAAGCUGUUUGUGGAUUGUUUUGGCGACAGAAGUGUCCAAAAGGUGGUCAGUGUAACUUCCUACACACUUACCGCAAUCCAGGCAAUGCCUUCUGGAGAGCUGAUCAGGAUCUUCAUCUAGAGAGCCCAAGAGACUCUGCUGAAGGCCUCCGAUGCACUCCGACACCCAGAAAUAAUUACAUCAGGCAUCAAGAGACAAGCAAGACUCAUUCAAGCUCUAGCAACAAUGCAAGAAAUCACUACAGGUCAAGGUCAAGAAAUAGAUCGUUAGCAGAGGAAAAAAAUGCGGGAGAAUCGGUUGGAAAAGAACACAGAAGUAGAAAGUCUAAAAAAGACAAAUCACAUGGUAAUAAAAAUAAAAAUUUGAAAAGUGUGUCUGUAGAACCAAGAGACAGGUUGAGGUCAAGGAGCAGGUCAGCAGAGCAAAAAAGCAGAUCAAGAAGGGCUAGAAGCAGAACACCAGAACAAAGACAUAUAUUGAGAAGGUCAGGGAGCUGGUCAGCAGAGAAAAAAAAAAAAUCAAGAUCAAGAAGUAGAUCAAUAGAAAAAAGGGAAAGAUCAAGAAGGUCAAGGAGUAGGUCAGCAGAUGAAAGAAAAAGGUCAAAGAGUAGGUCAGCAGGGCAAAAACCAGUUGUCAGAAUAAAAUGAAACAAGAAAAUGUGAAGACUCGAUGAAUAAACAGUUUAGGUCAGCAAGUAAGAGAAGGGAAGCAAAUUGCAGCCGUCGGAGUAUGAAAGAGCAGGAGUACAGAGAGAAGAGUUACAGUUCAAGACAAAAAUGUAGAAGGCAAUGGUUACAAGACUUCACAAUCUUAUUAUUAUGAUGAUGAUGACUAUGAUCAACAUCACUACUCUUAUAAUAAUUUUAAAAAUUAUUAAUAUAAAUUACUAUUAUUGUUAUUGAUUGAUUGAUUGAAACACUAAAAUUUGUC